AUGACUGAACAAGAGAUUCUUGCGGUGGUAUUUGUGUUCAACAAAUUUUGCUCCUAUUUGCUUGGUACAAGGGUCAUAGUGCAUACCGACCACUUCGCUCUGAGAUUGGAGGAUGAAGCUAUGCAAGAAUUGGAUGAAAGGGCUGAAAUUGAUGAUACCUUCCAUGAUGAGCAUGUUUUGGCUGAUUCUCAUGAUUUUGUUCCAUGGUUCGCCAAUUUUGCGAAUUAUCUGUCUAGUGAUAUAGUCCCAUCGUACUUAUCAUUCCGUCUGAGGAUGAAGUUCAUGUAUGAUGUAAAAGAGUUCUUUUGGUGCAAAAGAGAUGGAGGAAUUUUGAAGAGGCAAGAGCUCCUUUUAAAUCCUAAUCUGGUGAUUGAGUUAUUUGAUGUAUGGAUUGACUAUAUGGUCCCUUUUAUGAUUUCUCAUGGAAUGAAGUAUAUACUUGUCGCGGUUGACUAUGUGUCAAAAUGGGUGGAAGCUAUAGCGCUUGCUAACAAUGAAGGAAAGAGUGUCACCGCGUUCUUGAAAAAGAACAUUUUCUCCAGAUUUGGUACAUUAACGGCCAUUAUUAGUGAUGGUUAUUCUUAUUUUUCUAAUAAGUUUUUCAAAGGGCUAUUUGAGAGAUAUGGGGUUCGCCAUAACGUGGCCACUCCCUAUCACCCACAGACUAGCGGGCAAGUUGAGGUGUCCAAUCGAGAAAUAAAGAAAAUUCUUGCAAAAAUGAGACUUAAUGGGUUAAAUGAGAUUGAUGAUUUUCGCCUAAACGCGUAUGAAAAUUCAGGAAUAUACAAAGAGAAGAUGAAGAAGUACCAUGAUCAACAGAUUGAAAAGCGAGAAUUUUCGUUUAGGGACUUGGUUCUUAUAUUAAACUCUAGGCUACUCUUGUUUCCGGGCAAACUAAAUUCCAAGUGGACGGGACCAUUCUUUAUCACCAAAGUGUUUCCACAAGGAGCGUUUGAGUUGGAGAAUAAGGAGGCUGCAAAGUUCACUGUCAACGGCCAAAGAUAA